AUGGCAGCAGAGGACAAGAGACACUGGCUGGUGAUGCCGAACCAGGGAGAGAAAGAGGACACGCCGACGCGAGGCGAGACCAGUUCCCGCAGCAAGCGUGGCGAGACAGCAGUGCGCGGCGGCCAAGUCGGUGAGAGGAAGGUGAGGGACGUGGCCACGCGGGCCUUUGCAGGCUGGGCCCAUGCCAAAGGAGAAAGGGAAAGGAUGGGAUUCCCAGAUGAAAGAGUACAAGUAGAUGCACUGGAGCGACACUUACUAACUGGUUUAUCUUCAAACGACUAUAAUGGAGGUUUUGAGGAUGAGGUCCUCUAUGACGCAUCAUUUGCAGAAAUUGAAGAUAAUUUUGUCAAGUAUCAAAUUGCUCAGUGGACUUUAUUAUCUCUAUUACUAAUCGUAGCUUGGGGAGUAGGACUGCUCAUGCUACUUUACAUACCUAUUCGGGUAUAUGUAUGUCGAAGCGACUUUCGCUCGAGGAAGCUAUACUUGACACCACAUGCUGUUAUUUACAAGGUAAACAAGCCUUUUGCUUUUCCUUGUUUUGGGGUUUUCAAGAAGGAGAAAUAUUGUAUCCUCCCUUCAAUUUCUGAUGUUGUUGUUGAGCAAGAUCAUCUCCAGUCCGUUUUCGGGGUAUAUUCGAUCAGGAUUGAGAAUAUCGGUGUCAGAAAGCCUCGUAGUUAUGAUGUAAAAAUUACUGGGGUUGCUCGUCCACAUGAUUUCAGGAAGGCUGUUCUAGUCCAUCUUUUGAACACUAGGAAGCUGAAGUUCAGUCAAAAAGCUUCAUCGGAUGGCCAACAGAGCACAAGUUUGAGUUCUACAGCUAGUUCUUCGGAGGUUCCUCUUGGAGAUUUGAUGCUAGAGAAGCUUGAUGAAGUCGAAAUCUCUGUAAAGGUGACAGUUGCAGAAAUGCUUUGCAUUGCUUUGAUUCUUUCAACGUUCUCUUUGAAUAUAUACAAUUACACAACCAACAAAGCUGGAUGCAUGACUUACUAUCUCAGAGUUGAUCGAUGUUUCAGAGGUUCAUUUUUGCUGGUGUUGGUUCUCUGA